GACGGCUUUACCGCAUCAAGGACAUUCCUGAUCAGUUGCUCAGUCAGUCGUAUGCGCAGCAGCAGUCCCGGCUCUCCCGCUGAAGCGGCGGCUGUCGAGCAUGCCCUGCGGUUGCAAGUGGUCAUCCUAAAAGCAGACCUUGAGGCCCUUCGCCUCGAGAAAAACGACCAAGAAACGUUUUACAAACUUCGCAUCGAGUCCCUGGAACGAGAGAUCCAAUCCCUUCGAGACUUCAGCAGCAGCAGUACGUCGGCAACCACAGCCCCCAUGGUUCCUCCUCCAACAUCCAGACACUGGCUCCGCUAUAUCGGACAACUCGGACGCAAAAGUGCGCCGCGUCAUCAGUUGAGCAAAGCACCUGCAGGUGGCUUUCACACAAUCCAGCAUGCUACCGCAGACGAAGACCUGCAACCUCCGCCAGGCCAUCCAAGCGAACACAAGGGAAUGUACCAACGAGUACUGGGCAUCUUCCGCAUCGGACGACUACGGACGCUUUGGCCUCGAAAGAAGCACCAGCGCCCAGUGACCCAACGUGCCUCCACCAACGAGUGGCACGCCAAGUUUGGUGACAACGGUCGGGUCUACUUUGUAAAUCCCAAUGCAGCCACCACGACGGCGUCAAGUGCCGAAACCAUGGACCUGCCAUUCUCGAAUUCACCCUCCAGGCGUCUCGGCGAUGGACGGUCGCGCGCAAAGCUCAACAACAUAAGUGGCGACUCGUCGUGGGUUUGAUGGCUUGUUGGUAGUUGCAUUGUUAUCAUAUCUCGGUACUGUAGAUGCUGUACAUAGUAGUUAUGCUAACUGUAAAGCCACCAAACGCUCCUUGCCUAAAACUAUACCAAGUUACGUAUAAUCUACUCAUCUUAGAUGAAAGUACC